AUGCUCCACCUCUCUCCAGAGCUCCCCCUCAUUGUUUUUUUCCAGGUCUUAGUGCCCUGCAGAGGAAGCCUGUCCAGUAGUGUUCAGUCCACCUGUCAGUUCGAGUCCUACAUUUUGAUACCUGUGGAAGGACAUUUUCAGACCUUAAAUGGAAAGGAUGUGUCUAUACAAGGAAACAGGAUUAAAUUAGGAGCCGGUUUUGCCCAUCUUCUCUCAGUACCCAUCCUUUUUGAAGAAACUUUCUACAAUGAAAAAGAAGAAAGUUUCAGCAUCCUGUGUAUAGCUCAUCCUUUGGAAAAGAGAGAGAGUUCAGAAGAGUCUUCAGCCCCCUCAGAUCCUUUUACCCUGAAAACCAUUGAAGAUGUGAGAGAAUUUUUGGGAAGACACUCUGAGAAAUUUGACAGGAACAUCGCCUCCUUCAACCGAACCUUCCGAGAAUGUGAAAGGAAGAGCCUCCGUCACCACAUAGACUCAGUGAAUGCCCUGUACACCAGAUGCCUCCACCAGCUUCUGAGGGACUCUCACCUGAAAGUGCUUGCGAAGCAGGAGGCCCAGAUGACCCUGAUGAAGCAGGCAGUGGAGAUGUACGUCCAUCACCAUAUUUAUGAUCUCAUCUUCAAAUACAUGGGGACCAUGGAGGCAAGCGAGGAUGCUGCCUUUAACAAAAUCACAAGAAGCCUUCAAGAUCUCCAGCAGAAAGAUAUUGGGGUGAAACCUGAGUUCAGCUUCAACAUCCCUCGUGCAAAGAGAGAGCUGGCUCAGCUGAACAAAUGCUCCUCGCCCCAGCAGAAGCUGCUCUGCUUGCGAAAAGUGGUACAGCUCAUUACACAGUCUCCCAGCCAGAGAGUGAACUUGGAGACCAUGUGUACUGAUGAUCUUCUCUCAGUCCUGUUAUAUUUGCUGGUGAAAACAGAGAUCCCUAAUUGGAUGGCAAAUUUGAGUUACAUCAAAAACUUCAGAUUUAGCAGCUCAGCGAAAGAUGAAUUGGGAUACUGCCUGACCUCAGUUGAGGCUGCGAUCGAAUAUAUUCGGCAAGGAAGCCUUUCCAUUAAACCACCUGAGUCGGAGGGCUUUGAUGACAGACUGUUUCUUAAGCAGAGGAUGAGCUUACUGUCUCAGAUGACCUCAACUCCUAUUGACUGCCUCUUUAAGCACAUCGCUUCAGGUAACCAGAAGGAAGUGGAAAGACUUCUGAGCCAAGAAGACCAUGACAAAGAUGCUGUCCAAAAGAUGUGUCACCCACUAUGCUUCUGUGAUGACUGUGAGAAACUGGUCUCUGGGAGGCUGAAUGAUCCAUCCAUUGUCACUCCAUUCUCCAGAGAUGACAGGGGGCACACGCCUCUCCAUGUGGCUGCUCUCUGUGGGCAGGCGUCCCUCAUCGACCUCCUGGUUUCCAAGGGUGCUGUGGUGAAUGCCAUGGACUAUCACGGCUCCACUCCGCUUCACCUGGCGUGUCAGAGGGGCUACCAGAGCGUGACGCUGCUGCUGCUGCACUACAAGGCCAGUGCUGAGGUACAGGACAACAACGGCAACACCCCCCUGCACCUGGCCUGCACCUACGGGCACGAAGAUUGUGUGAAGGCUUUGGUCUACUAUGAUGUGCAGUCCUGCAGACUGGAUAUUGGCAAUGAGAAAGGAGACACGCCCCUUCACAUAGCUGCACGCUGGGGUUACCAAGGCAUCAUAGAGACAUUGCUGCAGAAUGGGGCACCCACAGAAAUCCAAAACAGGCUGAAAGAGACGGCGCUCAAGUGUGCAUUAAACUCAAAGAUCCUGUCCAUAAUGGAAGCCCAUCAUCUGUCCUUUGAAAGGAGGCCAAAGCUUCCUGAGGUCCCUGCACUGUCCCCUCAACACUCUGAGGAUUCUAUCAGCCAGGGCUCCUCCACCUCCAGCUUCUCUGUGUUGGUGAGCUCUAAACAAAAGGACCCCAAGAAGGACUACAGAGAGGUAGAAAAACUCUUAAGAGCAGUUGCUGAUGGAGACCUGGAGAUGGUGCGCUACCUUUUGGAGUGGACGGAGGAGGACCUGGACGAAGUGGAGGAUGCUGUCAGUGCAGUGGAUCUUGAAUUCUGUCAUCCCCUGUGCCAGUGCCCCAAAUGUGCUCCAGCCCAAAAGAAGCUGGCAAAGAUUCCUGCCAGUGGGCUGGGGGUGAAUGUGACCAACCAGGACGGCUCCUCCCCGCUGCACAUCGCUGCCCUGCACGGUCGAGCAGACCUUGUCCCCCUCCUGUUGAAGCACGGUGCCAACCCGAGUGCCAGGAACACAAACCAAGCUGUGCCCCUCCACCUGGCCUGCCAGAAGGGCCACUUUCAGGUGGUGAAGUACCUACUGGAUUCUAACACAAAACCCAAUAAAAAGGACGUAAGUGGGAACACACCCCUCAUAUACGCCUGCUCUGGGGGCCAUCACGAGGUCGCAACGCUGCUGUUGCAGGUCAGGCCCCUCCCUACUUCCCAUGAUUCUGCUGGGCAUGGCGGAACAGGCCUCAAGGUCUGUGCUGUGCGUGCGGGCUGCAGCACUGAGGACUUGGGCUCUGUUUUUCUGAAGGUCUGGGCCUGGCCCGACUUCCCAUUGCUGAGCCGAGGCGUUACCUCAGUGCCAGUCAGGUGGCCUUGGUUCUCUGCACUUUCUUGCUGGAGGUUACACACUGUUGAGGCAGAGCAAAAUCUAAAGCAGCAGGAAAACCUGGUUCGUUCAUCACUUUCCUGCUCAAAGGAACUCAUUUUGGUGGAUUUUUAAAAAUGUGUAUGGUUCAAGGCCAGCCUGAACUACAUAGUGCGACCCUGUCUCAAAAAAACCAAAACAAAAAUGUGCAUGGUUUAGAUCACUAAAUGUUUUCUUUUCCA